UAUCAGUACAAACCAAUCGCAGCAGAUUCCGUAUAUCCAUUCCUUCUUGUGAAUAUAGGUACAGGAAUCUCAGUACUCAAGGUUGAUUCACCUUCACAAUUCCAACGGGUUGGUGGUAGUUCUAUGGGAGGUGGUGCAUUUAUUGGGCUGGGACACCUUCUGACUUCAGCACAGAGUUUCGAUGAAUUGUUAUUGAUGGCAGAGAAGGGUGAUCACCGACGAUGCGAUACACUGGUUUGUGAUAUUUACGGUGGUUCCUAUGAUAAUCUAAAUCUACCAGCUGAUUUGAUUGCUGGUUCGUUUGGCAAAUGCAGUCGAAUGGGCAAAAGAGCAGCU